AUGUCUGCCUCUCGCAAAACGUCAAACCCGCCAAGAGCUGUCCAAACAAUCAUCGCAGGUGGCGCGGCGGGCGGCGUUGAGUCUCUCCUCACAUAUCCUACAGAAUACAUCAAAACCCAACAGCAGCUCCUUCGCAAGCCCGCUGGCAUCGCAAUCUCACCCCUCCGACUAUUCCUCAAUACCGUUCGGACACAAGGCUUUGCACCCCUCUACAACGGUGCCGGAGUCGUCUGCGUCUCCAAUGCCUCCAAGUCCGCCGUUCGCUUCUUCGCCUUCGAGUUGACCCGGCGCCAACUAAUCGUGAAUCCCAAAACAGGACUUACGACUCCAUCGGGAAAUUUGAUCGCUGGUCUGGUGGCGGGGAUUACAGAGAGUGUCACGGUCGUCACGCCUGGCGAAACGAUCAAGACGAAGCUUAUCGAUGAUCGCAAUCGCCCUGGCGGACCGCAGUACAGAUCCACGCUCUCCGCAAUCUUCCAUCUCAUCCGUACCGAGGGGAUUGGUGGGUUUUACAGAGGAGUGGUGCCCGUGACGUUGAAACAGAGCUCGAACGCCGUGGUGCGGUUCACAAGCUACAAUCUUCUCCUCGGUCAAGCGAAAGCGGCCUUUGGAGAGAAGCGGAAAGGUUGGGCGACUGUGGUUGCGGGUGCGGGUGCUGGUCUAGUCACAGUCUACGCGACGAUGCCGAUGGAUAAUGUAAAGACGAGACUGCAGGCUAUUGGAGCGAGCGAGAAGUAUAGCGGCAGUUUUGACUGCGUAAGAACGGUGGUGCGAGAGGAGGGGGUGCAAGCUUUGUGGAAAGGCACGAGUCCAAGGUUGGUCAGGCUCACGAUCUCUGGUGCGAUAAGCUUUGCAAUCUAUGAGCAAGUGCUUGAGUGGACGAGGUUAGAGUUGGCGACGAAGACUCCUGCGCUUGCUUGA